AUGCAAUUUGGCCCAGAAGCUGAAGAACGCCGUGUCGUUAUGCUGUGCCUCGACAGUAUCCUGGACUCCAUAGUCUGGUUCUGGUCGACUGUUAUCGCAGGACUCUUGCCGGCAAUCUCAACUGCGUCGAUUCUUGAGCCUGAUCGAUCAGACUACCUAUCUCAUCUACGUAUACUGUUGAAAGAUCCGUUGUGUACGAAUGAAUCGCGGGACUUUGCUGCGAGUCUUGCAGCGAUGAGUCGAUCGAUGUCUCCGCUACCACCGUCCGGCCAUCCCUUUCGAUUUGACUCAGCAGCGGUACAGCUCAGCCAUGGGCAGAUACUAGCUUCAUCUCACGGCGACGGCCCCUGCCUCAACUGGAUCGGCAUGGACCAAGUGGCGUGCCUGACCGAGAUCCAUCUCCUCGCAAUGUAUAUGGGCCUCUCCCAAGUGCAUCUUGCAGCGGAGGAGGUACUCUCCAGCCCUAUGCAGCUACUAAACAUGGCCAGCCGCCACCGGGCUUCACGAACCUUUGCCCCUCAUUCUUUCUUGGCGAAGUAUUCCAGGGAGCUCGCGUCUGAGCAAACAUCUUCGUUAGGAGAGACAAACAUGGUAGAUGUCUGCGAGAGGCUCCAAACCCAACUCGAGAAGUACAGUGCAUGCAAACAUAUCAUCGUCCUGGACACCAGCUGCCCGACUUAUGAUCGAGAUCAAAAGCACCAACAUGCUGCCGCUGACGAGAGCAUCUCUGGACUACAGCUUCGAGUUGAGCUUCUGGAACUCUCCGGCGACGUAGUACUUGGCAGGUACGACAAUAAUCGUGAAUCUACUGUGGCUGCUUUUACAGACGAUGACUGGUUCACUACUGGCGACCUCGCUUGCGUCAACCAAGACGGUCAAGACACGAUAAUUGUCAACGUGGCGAAGUAUUCCUCGAACGAACUAGAACGCCACCUCGAACUGGAGUUGAUCGAAGGGGCGGUACCAAAUUCUUUCUGUUGCUUCUCAACUUUAGCCCAAUCAUCAGAUACUGAACAAAUCGUCGAGGAUAAUACCCGAAUCCGAACCAAGACCCGCAAUAGGAUAGCCGGUGUUGUCAGCACACAUACGUCCUCGUCUGUCAUUGUUCUACCUCUGAAAGCCAUGGGUCUCAAGCCAUCGGCACUCGUAAAGCUGCCAAGGGGUACAAUCAAAACGGCUUUCGAGAAUGGCGCAUAUAAUCCGGAACUGUGCAAAGCGAGCGAGGCCUACGUAGUUGAUCCCGACGUCACAGGAGGGAGAGCAUCCCAUCUUGAGGUGCUCGCUUGCCGCGUAGUUCAGGAGCAUUUUAAUAUUGUCCAAGAGCCACAUCGCCUGGUUGCGGUGAUUGAGGGAUUCGGGAACAAAGAUGGAGCAGGAAGCCCGGCCGUCACUUUCCGGUCUGACGGCAGGCAGACGCCACUGCGGCUCGUGCUUGUCUUCAUGAAUCUUGUGAGAUUCAUCGACGACCGGCGAGUCUAUGCUUUCCGCGCGGAGGGUCUUGAUAGCGGCCUUUCGCCUUUUGUUUCCCUAGAUGAGUUGCUGGAUUGCUUCUUCAAUAACCUCAAAACGGUCCAGCCAAAGGGACUUUACGCCAUUGCAGGGCACUCAUAUGGCUCUAUGAUUGCUUUCGAAUCGUGUAAGAGACUAGAGGCAGCAGGCAAUGUGGCUAUCUACUGCGGUCGCUGGAACCUUCCGCCGCACAUUAAGCAUCGCAUGAGGCAGCUCGGCUGGGUAGAAUAUCUUGCCAACCUGUUCCACUUCACGGGGCUCAUGGGACAGGGUCCAGCUAUGCAGCAAAUAUGUAUAUUGCGCCAAUUUUCAAAACAAGAAGCAGUAGCGCACCUCCGAGCCCUCAGCGACUCAGCUCUUCGGGUCGAGUUAGGCCUUAGCGAAGACGAGUAUGUGAGGUGGGCUUCGGCAUCUUCACGACAGUGCCUGGCUCAGGACUACGAGCCACGGGGAAGAGUCCGCAGCAUUGAUGUGUUCUUCGCAGAUCCUCUCAAGAAGGUUGCUUUGACUCGAGAGUUUGCGGAUGAUGUGCAGUUCCAUGAUGUUCCUGGUGAGUAUUACUCCAUGUUGGACGAGAUCAACGUUUCACGGUUCGCCCGCAAGCUGAAAGAUCUCUUGGAGACACGAGAAGGCAGGCUCCGUCAUGUUCUCUCUGCAGCUCCUCGGUUCGGACCAGCGUAUCAUACCUAAGGCAGGAUAGUUUAAGCUUCGUGAGUAGGAAAGCAGCGGAUACGCAACUCGAACAUUGCAACCCUCG